CAAUAGUGCUGUACCGGAUGUUGACAUAUUUGCCAUGGUGUUGUUUAUUAGACAUUUAAUUAAAAUAUGAAACUAUAAUAUUAUUCUCACUUUUUUCACUAAAUAUUGAACUUACAAGUUGAGAUGGCAGAGGAACUGCAUAUUCCCAUCGAGAGAAAAUUGUUGAAGAGAGAGUCUGGUAUAUCCAUUACUGCAGAGACUAUGAAGAGUCUCUCAGCAAGGAAAGACACAAUUCUUAACCAGAGAGUACAUCCAGUGGACAUCGAUAUUAUGCCAUCAGCCAGUGUAAGACGAGGCAUGAUUGCUACUGUUGACGUCAGUGACAUUCCAAUUGCCUCGCAAUCAGAAGGAGUCAAGAAUUUCAGGCAGCCAGAAAAACUGAAAAUGACAAGUUCUACCAACUCAGGGACCAUGUUCAAUAUGACACCUCAAUCAAAGGAAUUUGUGAGACGUAUGACUCCCUUGUCUCCUAGACAGGCAGCAGAAAAUGAUAAGGCCAUAGAGGAGUAUUGCCAGUUUGUUGGAGAGCACUUCACCAUGGUGGAAUGUCACAGAUUUGUGCCUGCUGCUGGACAAAAGGGAAAGAAAAUCAAAGAAGUCAAGUGUCAUUGUGGAGCGGUGCUGAAUGAACAUGCUGGGAUGGCAAGCCAAAAACUGUCCAAGACUAGUGAAAAAAUCCUUGAAAUUGCAGAAAGACUUAUAGUACCAGCCGAGCUGAAAUUUAUUUUUCAACGCAUAAAACUUGACGAUCCCAGUCCGGACAUCAUUCCCCAACUUGAGUGGAGCAGGGAUGAGGCUUUCCGCAGUACGCGUACCAAUGCCUACGGGAAAAUUGACUUUGUCAAUGUUGAGCACGGAGGCGGUAAAAAGCCUGCAAAGUACAUUCGACUCAGCGUUGACAACUCAGUGGACCACUUAUUUGAGAUGAUGAAGACUCACUGGAACAUUAUGGAGCCCCAGGCCCCUAAUCUUGUCAUCUCAGUGGUGGGUGGGGCGAAGAACUUCAAACUGGACGGUAGAAACAGAACCACCUUUGCUAAUGGCCUUAUAAAGACUGUGCAGGCGACAUCGGCUUGGCUCAUUUCUUCGGGAUUUAACAUGGGCGUGAUGAAGGCAGUGGGUCAGGCAGUGGCGCAGGGACAGUCAUUUGUCUGGACAGAAGACCGCAUGGCACCCCGACUACGGUGCAUAGGGAUUGCACCCUGGGGCUAUGUGCGCGACAGGAAGUGCCUGGAGCAGACUGAGGAAGGCAAGGGUUGUUUUUACGCCAAAUAUCGCACCAGCAAUGUCAUAUUACACGGUGAGCCGGUUCCCUUAAAUGCAGACCACACACAUUUCAUCUUUGUGGACGAUGGCUACCGGAACCGGUAUGGCGGCGUGGCCAAAAUGAGGUCAAAGAUUGAGCAGAAGAUCUCAGAACCUCUUUCAAACGGUGGUCUGGGUAUUCCGGUAGUGCUGGUGGUUGUGGAGGGUGGAACUGAUGCCAUUGAUGACGCCAUGUCCUCCGUUUUGCAUGAGAUUCCUGUGGUCGUCUGUUCGGGCACAGGACGGGCGGCAGACAUACUGGCCUACGCUUACUCGCACACCAAGACUAUAUCCAGCGGGGCAAGAGAGAUCUCUGAAAAGCACCUGGUAAAGCUUAGGGAGAAGAUUGUGGCGGCAUAUGCCAAGUCAUGGAAGGAGGCUGAAGUGCAGGAGAGAACGGACAGCACACUGGAGUCAGUGCAAAAGUGCUGUAAAAACCCGGACCUGCUGACAGUAUUCAACAUGAACAAACAUGAUGAGUUAGACCUUGCCAUACUAUCUGUGCUGCUAAAGUCCCAUUCAGGGGCAGAUAAAUACCGACGUGAUCAUCAGCUCAAACUUGCACUCAUGUGGAAUCGCGUGGACAUUGCACGAGAAGAGAUCUUCAGAGAAGAUGUUCUAUGGGAACAGGGAAGCCUUGAUGAGGUGCUGACAGAGGCCAUCGUGUCUGACAAGGUGGCCUUUAUAAAGCUCAUUCUGGAGCAAGGGGUCAUUAUGAGGGAGUUUAUGACCCGAAAAAGGCUCGAGAUGCUAUACAGCAAGGUAGAGAGAUACCACCCAAUCUACAAGCUCCUCCACAAGCUGACGGGACGGACUGAGCUGAGUCUGGUCAAUGUGGCACAUCUUGUGGCUACCUUGCUUGACAGAUUUGAUGUGGAUGAAUUUCUACGACCAUACAAAGAGGAACUUACUAAUGAUCGGUUUGAAAGGCCUUACAAGCAACUGUUAAUAUAUGCUGCAUUAUUACAAAGACAAGAGUUGGCCAAGUUCUGUUGGGAGAUGGGAGAUGAGCCUGUGACCAGCGCCAUUGCAGUGACGCGCCUGUACAGCGCACUGGCCCGUAAAAUGACCCGCGAUGAGUCCAGCGUCCGUGAAACUGUCGAGGAAUACAAAGUGGAGUUUGAAACUCUUGCGACCAGUGUUUUAAAUGAAUGCUACGAACGUGACCAAGAAAAGGCAAUCAUGAUUGUUGAACGCAAAUCACCUGUCUGGAAUGAGUUGUCUGCCCUGCAGAUUGCAUCUGUGUCAGACGAUCAGAUGUUCAUUGCGUCUGGAGCGUGCCAAAGUUCCAUCGAGUCCACUUGGAAACAAGGCAUCUUGGCCAGCUGGAAAAAGGUACUCAUGGCAAUGAUCUGCCCCAUACUAAUAGUGUGCAACAUGGAGUUCGUGAUAGUUGGACAGAAACCACUCACCUGGUAUCAGCGACUUGCAACAUUCUACUCCUCUCCAAUAUCAAAGUUCUGUCACGGAAUGUUCAUGUUCUUGGUUUUCCUCGGCAUUUUCUCCUACCUGGUGCUGGUGGAUUUUGACCCUGACAGAGUAACGGUCAUUGAGUAUGUGUGCAUUGUCUGGGUGUUCACUAUGACUGUGGACCAGAUACAUGUGUUCAUAUCGUUCCCGUCACCAACAUUUGUCUCCAAGAUCCGUGACUGGUAUGGAUUCGUGAGCUACAUGGAGGCGCUGAACCUGCUGUUGUGUUUCCUGGGAUUCCUGCUCCAUCACCUUGGUUACCCAUCCGUUACCAAGGUCUUGUACUGCCUCAACUCAGUGGUUUUCAUUGCGAUCAUCACCAAGUUCUACAGGGCUAGCACCAACGUGGGUCCCAAGAUGGUCAUGGUCCGCAGGAUGUUUGGAGAGAUGGGUCUGUUUCUGGUGGUCAUGAUGGUGUUCCUGCUGGCGUACGGCAUAGCAGCCCAGGGUCUCCUGUACACGGAGCGCUCCGCUAGCUGGGACAUACUCAAGGACGUCUUCUAUUUCCCGUACUGGAUGAUCUAUGGGGAAAUCUUCUUUGAAUCCAUCGGGGAAUGUGACGGAGACAACCCUUGCAACUCUACGUGUGUGGCGGGGGAGAGGGACUGUCUGACCCCUCAUUGGAUGGUUCCCUUCAUCCUGGCAGCCUACCUCAUGAUUGGCAGCAUUCUCCUCCUGAACCUCCUCAUUGCCAUCUUCAGCAACGUGUUCAACUCGGUGGAGAGGAACUCAUUCCAGAUCUGGAAGUUUGAGAUGUACUACCUGGUGAUGGAAUACUCCAACAAGACCUUCCUAGUGCCUCCUUUGAGCAUCCUCGUACAUGCCGGCCUCGUGGUGAACUCCAUCUACAAGAACCUGUGCUGUCAGAAACCCAGGGAUGGGCAGUGGCUGGGCAAGAAGCAUCUAGAGUACCUGCAGGUGUUUGAGAAGGAGAUGAUGUCUGAUUUUCUAAGGAGGAAACGGGAGUCUGACCAGAACAGCCUUGAUACAAGGGUUCAGAACCUUGAAAAAAGGGUGGAUAUGCUGACCAAGCUGAUAGAGGAUGAAGUGCUGGGUAACAAUCACCAGCCAGAGUUCCCAGAGUUCCCCGCUGGCACUAUCGUCAUGGGAAGCGACGGGGUCGCAACAAUUGUGAUGGGGCGUCCCCCCUCUGCCUUAUCUGAGAAACAGCACCACCCCUGGCCUAGAACAGGCGACGUCAUCAAGGUAAAAGACAAGGUUGCCGCAACAGAAAUUCCCGCCAAAGUCUCGAAAAAAUCACAACAACAAGUGAUGAGAGUAAAUUCAGGAAUGUAUUACAUACAGGGGAAGUCUGCUAAACUGAGUAGACAGAACACUGUUCCAAACUUGAAAUCAACGCCAGAUGAGAAUGAAAAAGAACUGGUGAAGACUGGGUUUAAACUUGACUGGAAACCUCAAAAGCAAAUAACAUCAAAAGAAUAUGGAACAGGUGAUGAUUCCAAGGAGGAUCAAAAUAGAGCAGCAACAGCAAAACCUGAUGGAAUAAACAAUAUUGAUGAUGAUGAUGAAAAGAAGAUUAAGAAUGACGCAAAUGUGGACAGACAAAUGACUGAAGCUGAAAAGGAAAUGGCCAAACAGAAAAGGAGGGCAGAAAAGGAGGAGCGACAAAGAAAAAGGAGAGAACGAAGAGAGGAGAAAAGACUCAGAAAAGAGGCUGAAGGUUUGAAUGCUGGGCCAUCUGCAAUGAAUGAUGUCAACCAGCCUGGGGUUUUAAAGUUUAUGGAUUCUCAUGCAGGAAAAGAAGAGAAAGGACCUGGGGCGCUUGGCCUGUCCCAUUGGGAGGGGUCACAGGCAAGGGCACGACCUUGGACAGCUCCUCAGAGGUCAAGAUCACCAGAGGUCAUUGACCAGAUAGAUAUGCAGGAUACUGAAGACAUCAGUGAAAGGAAACUACCAGCCUGGAAUUAAAGCUUCAACAUGUUUAGAACCAAUGUAUGUAUGG